ACAUCAUCGUGGAUUAAUUGAUACUUGGAUGUUCACCAUCUCGGUGUCAGUCUUCCCCGAAGACCUCCCCACCCUCUCGGAGGUGGUGAUACCACCCAUGAACAGAUCGGUAUAUAUUCUAUUGCCAGUAUGCUCCUCAUGUUGUUUGCAUCAUCGAUCCCAUUCCUGCGGAACAUUCUAACACAAUGCGGUUCCAUACAUUGACCUCUCUUGCCGUGUGUGCUCUGGCGAGCAUUUCAUCCGUCUCCGCUGCUGUCGACAACGCGACUGCCGUUGUCGACUUCUCUGUCACCCGUGGAACGCCCCAGCAGUACGGCAGUGGUGUGCUGUACGGUAUUCCGGACACUUCCAUCGAUACUUGGCAGAUCCCGAAGACAUUCUACACCGAGAUUGGCAUCAACCAUGGGCGUGGGGGAGGCUCGCAGGUAGCCGGUAAGGGGUGGAUGGGAGGAGAAGCAGAUUACGAGGCACGAAUCGAAUCGGCAUAUCAGAACUACCUCCAUGUUCGCGCCCUAGGCGGUCGCUUCUUCCUCCUCAACUCCGCGCUCUGGGGAGCCGAUGGCCUACAAACCGCCAGCGACCCGUUCCCAGGCGACAACGGCGACUGGGCAUCGUACGACGCGUUUCUCGUCCGCGUAGCAGCCGACAUCAACCGUCUCGGCAUGACCGAAGGGCUCAUAGUCGAGCUCUGGAACGAAGCCGACUACAACGCUGGCUUCUGGACGGGCCGCACCCUCGACCAGUUCAUGGACACCUGGGGCUGGGCAUAUCACCGGCUGCGGCCGCUCCUGCCGAAGGAGGUCCUGAUCUCCGGGCCUGCUUUCGCCACGGAAUUGCAGGACGGCGGUCCUUGGCCGCAGUGGUUCGAGUACGCGAAGACCAACGGCAGUAUUCCGGAUAUGUACACCUGGCACGUGCUGUUCCAGCCCGGCGGAACCGGCAAUGAUGUGCAGUGGAGCAGGUCGCAGCUCGAUGGACUUCUGGAUAAAUAUGGCCUGCCGAAGAAGCCGGCAUCCGUCAACGAAUACGCCAUCCCCGAGACCCAAAAUCCCGGAUACUCCGCGUACACCAUCUCUGCGCUCGAGCGCUACGAUACCUGGGGACUUCGUGCCAACUGGGCCAUGGGCGGAGCGCUCCACGACUAUCUCGCCUCAUUAGUCGGCAAGCCCGACAACACCAACGGCGGCGUGUACGACCCGUCCUCGGGCGGCUACUGGGCAACCGGCGAAUGGCACCUGUACAAAUACUACUACCAGGCGCAAACCGGAGUCCGAGUAGCAUCUACACGGUCCACGGACGGGUACUUCGAUGUAUUUUCGACCUGGAACAGCAAGAAGGGCAAGGGCGCGCUCAUUGCAGGGACGAAUGGAAAGACCGGGACCUAUCAGAUCCAGCUCAAGAGUCUGCCGAAGGUGGGGAAGAAGGGCAGCACCGCCGUCAGAGUUGUGACCAAAGCUUAUCCCUGGAUCGGCUUUAGAGAGAAGGUCGACGCCGAUGAGAUCGUGGUGGUUGCCGAUAAGGUCUACACGGUGACGAACGGUGAAGCUUUGGUGCAACUUGUGGUCACCAACGCGACGAUCGGUUAUUCGUUGGAUAUCUACCCCGCCUAGUCGGUUAGUUAUCAGAGAGAAAACGAUCUUGUAUAUAGAUCACCUUUCGAGGGUGUAGGGAACUGGCAAAAAUUAGUGUACUUUUAUGACUGCC